AUGGCUGAACCCAUACCUGCCGAGGAACAGUCAAACUAUGAGACCUUCCGCGAUUACAUGAGCGAGCCUAUUAUGAAGGCGCUCGCACUGCCGGCCGAGAAAGCGAAGCCCAAGAAGAAGAGAAUGGCCAAAAAGAGCGCAAAAUACAAGCCUGUGGGCAUGUUUGCGCCUGCCAAACCGCAAGUUGAAGCUCCCAGCACCACUUCAACCAGCACGCCUUCAGCAAGCGACGCUGAAGACCUAGGCGAGUUCAUCGAUUACCUGAGCGGCCUCAUUUUCCCCUCUCUCCCACCCGAUCUGCGCACCCUGUCGUACCCCAAGUUCCGCGACUCCACUCUCCUCCAAGACACCUACACAACCCCCCUCUCCGCCUCAACAUACAUACACCUUCUCACCACCCUUCCGCCCACCGCUAUAGACAGUCUGGAAUCCUAUGCGCUCCUCCCCAGCCCCAGCGAUACACAUGACCAUCACAACCUCCUGACACCUGUCUUCACAUCCUACAUCUCCGCCGUCACACUGCCACCCCCAAUAUGGGUGACAACGCGCACGACUGAAUGCGAGCUGUGCGAGAGAGACUGGGUGCCGCUCACCUACCAUCAUUUGAUACCGAAGAGCACACAUGAUCGGGUGAGGAAGAGGGGAUGGCACGACGAAGAGGUGAUGAACAGCGUGGCGUGGUUGUGUAGGGCUUGUCACAGCUUUGUGCACAGACUUGCAAGCAACGAGGGUCUGGCACGAUAUUACUAUACCGUCGAAUUGAUCAGGGAGGGAGGCGUGGACCAGGAUGAGGCGAAGGCGCAGGAGGUUGAGGGGUGGGUCAAGUGGGUUGGUGGUGUGCGGUGGAAGAGUAGAUGA